AUAUUCCUCAGAGGGAAAGGCUGCCCCAGACAGUGUUGAAGUUUCCAGAGACCUGUUCGGCUGUUGAGAAGUUCGCGUUCAAGACUGAGGACCUAAACCGCUUGCCAAAAUGUGUAAGGGACUGGCAGCGCUGCCGCACUCGUGCCUGGAAAGGGCCAAGGAGAUCAAGAUCAAGUUGGGAAUUCUCCUCCAGAAGCCAGACUCUGCUGUUGACCUUGUCAUUCCAUAUAAUGAGAAGCCGGAGAAGCCAGCCAAGACCCACAAGCCCUCGCUGGACGAGGCCCUGCAGUGGCGCCAUUCCCUGGACAAGCUUCUCCAGAACAACUAUGGACUUGCCAGCUUCAAAGGUUUCCUGAGAUCUGAGUUCAGUGAGGAAAACCUUGAGUUCUGGGUUGCCUGUGAGGAUUACAAGAAGAUAAAAUCCCCAGUCAAAAUGGCGGAGAAGGCAAAGCAAAUUUAUGAGGAAUUCAUCCAGACAGAGGCCCCUAAAGAGGUGAACAUCGAUCAUUUCACUAAAGACAUCACCAUGAAGAACCUGGUGGAACCUUCCCCGAGCAGUUUUGACCUAGCCCAGAAAAGAAUCUAUGCCCUGAUGGAGAAGGAUUCGCUGCCCCGCUUUGUGCGCUCCAAGUUUUAUAAGGAGCUAAUCAAGUAGUCAGCUGGUCAAUUGUCAGAUUACCGGGCUUCAAAAAUCACCCUGUGCGUUGACUUCUAUCCUCUGUAGUAACACAGCAUCCCCCCAGCACCUGCACAUUUUCCCAUAGCAGCUUUGCUCCAAGAUACCCCCCAAAAAAGGCAACCCCUAGACUGUUGUCAAUUCUUUCACUCAUGUUGGUUCAGAUGUGGAUUUGUGGUCUACUAAAGGCCUUUGCUUCCAUCUCUUCCUUCUGACUGCUUUGUAAUGAAGGUCUCUCCACCAAUUUUCUGUCAGCCGGAGUCACAGAAAAAUAUCCUGCUUACCAUAAAGCCAUCUGUGAAAAGAAUAGGUGUUAGAUUGCUCUUUGAACCAGGCUGAAAAGAAAACGGUCCCCUUUCAAGGGCAUUUGACUGGUCUUGUUUAUUGUUUGAAUUCUCAUCCUCUAACUGAAUUCAGUCAGUAAAAGGCAGGAAGCUGUUUAAAGGGCGGCCAUCAUUCGACUUUUAAGCAAGUACUUGGUUUCCCACACCGGCCUCUUGUUCCUAGCCUUCCUUUAUACACUCUAAAGAGGAGAGGAGCUACGAUGCAUAGAGUAGACUUUACAAAGCCAGUCUGAGCACAAUCCAUUUCAGUUCAGCCCUUACACCUCCAAACCACAAGGAAAAAAGUCAGCCUUCGCCUCUCCCAGUUAGAAAUGCUAGUACCCAAGAAUCUGAUUGGACUGUUUGGAAAAAACUUUUCUGACUUUAAAUAUCUUCUUCAUAUUAAUUGAAAUAGCAAAAUGUCCAAAGAGUUAACUCAGUGCCCAAAGAGUUAACUCAGUGUUUCACACUCGCCCAAGUGGCUCCUGUUUUGGAGACUUCAACUGACUACUCUUACAAGCUGUGUGAGUGGCCACGCUUGUCAAAGGAGGAUGAGGUGUGUGUGUGUGUGUGGGGGGGGGAGAUGCCUCAAGGGCGGUGCCCUGGGGUUACGAAAGAAUGUAGGAAGGCAUGCUUCUGCAGCCAACAGCAGCAUCAUAUAUCCAUAUAUCUGCCGUAUCUCUAUAUAAUUUCAAAUUUAAAGCAAUAUAUAUACAUGUGUAUUCUUUUAAAAUAUAAGGCAAUAAAUGGGCGGUAAGUAUUCUGGUUCCAAAGGGGAGGCCAAAUGUAUUAAGAUUGGCCUAGAAACUUUCUGGAGGAAAAAAAAAAAAAACCUCUCUGUGUUAACAGCAGUUUCCAUGGCAACGAGAAGAAAAUACAUUCUUUUAAAUAUGAGAAAUUAGAAAAAGUAAGAUGACCUCUGGAGGAAAAGAAUGCAUAACACUUAUUUAGCAUCCCCCCUCCCCCCGCUCCCGCCUCCCUCCUCCCUGCCUCCCCCCCCCCCCCCAGUUUCCCUUAAGCAAAUUGCCUGAGAAAGUAGGAAACUUAGUGUGUGAGCCCCGGAGUGCUUGUGUCUUGUGCUUCUGGGCACAGCCACAGCCGAAAGUGGGUCUGGGAUGUAGGAAAGUGUCGGGACUAAAUUGUGGUCAGCGCACAGAAGGAUUCGCUUCUCGUUCUUGAAGGGAGCCUACAAUUAGCCUCAGACCUGACCCGUAAUCUGGGCUUCUGUCUGAGCUCGAUAUUGUUCUGGAUUGAGAUUGAUAUUUAAAUCAAAUCGGCCAAAAGGGACCCUCCUUCGGAGAGUAAUUAUGUUUGUCUGUUAGAACAGGGCUGUUUGUGUAAACAGACUCACAUGCGUACACACACAUACACACACACACACUUAUGUAUGGAAGUAUUUUUUCUCUUUCUCAUACUCCCACCACCACCACCCUUAACUGUAUAAACUGAACUUUAAGCGGGUUUUCAUUUCAAAUGCAUUAGGUGAACUUAAUCAGAAAAAGUUUUUAUUUUAUCCCAUUUAUGGACUUCACUGGACUGUGUUCUCUGUGUAAAAUUCUUUUCGACAAGAAGAAUUUGACUAUUUCCUGAAGAGCAGUAGAUAUCCCUUAGCAAAUCAGUUAAUAAACUAGUAAGCACUCCUUUCUAGGAAUUUGCCAAACGAUGCCGUUAUACAAGUGGUGGUUUAAGAAUUACGUAGGUGGCUAGUUCAUUUGUAGGAGUGACUUUCACUCCCGAAACUGAGUCCCCCUACCAGGCAUUUCCUUCACUUCCUGGGAACUUAGCAAAUUUGGAACACAGGGACACAUGGAGAAGGAGAAUAAAGCAGAAAGAGGGAAUAGCAAAGAAGAAAGCACGGAUCGGUCCUGUAAAAUCAGCCCACUGGCUGGGAAACACAGAGGGACAGCCCAGUGUGAAGGAUGACCAAAGUGCAUCUCGCUGUCUUCCUGUGGGUUUGCAGAGAGGUUUUUCGGGGCUCACAAUGAGGCAGGACAAGGACGUUCAUCUUAAGAUCCUACAGGAAAUUGAUUAGAGAAAAGAACAGCUAUGGAGGGCGCAUUUUCCAUGGAACUUGUGGGUGCCAGAGAUCAGGGAGUAGAGAGGUCAGUCUGGAGCAUCCAAGCAUCCAAACCUCAGAGCUAGGGAACUCUAGGCAGGUUUGGGAUAUAAAGUCUUGGUGUAUAGGCUCCCCAGCAUCGAGUCUCUCUAUCCUGCCCGCAUUCUAGCAUCCAUUAACGUUCUCUUAGUACAAGCCCGAUGGUGAAUGGUUUAAAAGCUACUUCUGGUGUUAAAGACACUUCUUUUAAGUACAGUGGCUAAGGAGAGGACUUAAUAGCCAAAGAACAACUUUUUGUAGCCCCAGGAAACCAUCUUGGAACCGAAAAGGUUGACUUUCCCCACUGGGGAAAUAUCCGGGACACUAAAUGAAAGCUUAUAGGAGUGAGUGAUUAAUACAGCACACAUUCAGAAUCUUUGGAGUUUUAACCUUGUUUAAUUGCUUAAUAAUAAUCAUACUCAUCAAGUAGAGAAGCUAUGUAGCCAUCUGACUCAUAUCCAGUUUAACAUGUUUCGUACCUAUUCCCUUGUCUGACAUACAUGCCUUUUCCCUCUUCGCUCACUUCCCCAUCUCCCCUCCCUGUCUGAAAUGCUGUGUCUCACUGUUCUUACAUAAUAAUAAACAUGUUAAGAGCACUUCAGUUCCUACCUAGGAAGAGGCACAGGUGAAAGCACAGACAAAAGAAAGGACAGCGCUGAGGAAUACGUCACAGGAGCAAAGGACCUGGAUAAUGUAUGGCAAAUUUUCUGUCCUGAAGUUGUCAGAAUAUAAGGAAACUUGGUUUUGUUUUGUUUUUUAAUUCUACAACGUGGGAAGUCUUUUCUUUUUUUUAGGGUAAAAUGGAAUAGAAAUGAGAGGUUUAUCAAGUCCUGUGCCAGCACUUUUCUCGGAAGUUUUAAAUUCUGGACCAAUUACAUUUGUUUUCUGAUUAUUGUAUCCAAUACUUUGAGUAAUAUGUAACUCACUCUUACUGAUAAUAAAAUAAAUAUUAACCUGUAACAGAAAUCACAUAUUUUAUCAAAUA